UUUUAGGGGGAAAACGCUAGACUGUUUCAUAGUUCAUAAGUAUAUAUAUAUAUAUAUAUAUAUUUUUUUUUUAAUAUUUCUGCGUUUAGCAGAUAGAGAGCUAAUGCUAACGACUCAGCCAGCUAGCUAGCUAGCUAGCAGGGCGACAAAGCAGGCUUUUGUGAUGUUAGCUGGCGAACCGCUGACACGGUCGCUCGUGUUCACCACGUCUGUGAGCAACAUGGGUUAGCCAACGCGGUGGACUGUGAAUCUGAAUUUUAAAAUACAACAACAACAACAACGUCUUGUUCGGCACGUUAGCUGUGGGGGAUCGAGCGAAGCUAACCUCAGUCGCCAGAGCCACUUUGACUUGUUGUUGUUGUUUACAAAAGUCGUCGCACGAUACCUGACACACGAGCCAGGUGAUUGGAUGUCCUCGACCGUCACCCCCACCCCCACCCCCCGGCGUCGCCUCGAGGAAGCCAUGCCAUGAUGAUGGUGCUGCGGCGGUUAGUGAGGAAGCGCUGGGUGCUCGGAGUCGUCUUCGGACUGUCCCUCAUCUACUUUCUCACCAGCACACUCAAACAGGAGGAAAGGACCAUACGGGACCGCACACUCUUAGAGGUGCGAGAUUCGGACCAUCGCAUCCCCUGGAAGGUGCGCUUCAACCUGGGCAACAGCAGCCGACAGAUCACUCAGUGCCGGAACUCCAUCCAGGGCAAGACGCUGCUCACGGACGAACUCGGUUACGUCUGCGAGAGAAACGACCUGCUGGUGAACGGCUGCUGCAACGUCAAUGCCCCCAGCACCAGACAGUACAUUUGUAAAAGCUGCCUGACCAAUGGCUGCUGCAGCAUCUACGAGUAUUGCGUGUCAUGCUGCCUCCAACCCGAUAAGCAACCUCUCCUCGAGCACUUCCUGAAUCGUGCGGCUGAAGGUUUCCAGAACCUCUUCACUGCCGUGGAGGAUCAUUUCGAGCUGUGCCUGGCCAAGUGUCGAACCUCCUCACAAAGCGUUCAACACGAGAACACCUAUCGCAACCCUCAAGCUAAGUACUGCUACGGAGAGAGUCCCCCAGAACUUCUUCCCGUAUGAGGAGUUUGGUCUCGGGUUACAGGAACGUCCCGGAACAGCCGCGGGUCGAUGUCACUUCCUGGUUGGACACCGUGAAGGAGCUUGGAGCAGAGACUCUACAAAUGAACUGCAAUCUUGGAUUAAUUUUGCACCAAGAACACCUCGCCCCCCACCCCACCCCCUGCAAAAAAAAUGGACAAAUGCUGUAUGUGAUUUGAUUAUUUACACUUCAUAAGUGCAUAGAAUGCUUCAUACAUUCAUCCGUGAUGAUCAUCAGGUCUAUGUAGCAGGCAGCUCAUCCAACCAGGACUUCAAAAACCAGUUCAUGUCACAGAAUAGGCUUCAUUUCAAGAGGAGAUAACAGCCGCUUGGUGUUUUGAAUAUUUUAAAACGGCAAAAGAAUGUGUCAUUACUUUUGUGAAUAGUGCAUGCGUACGGAACGGCUAUUUAAUAAAAAGUGACUGUGAAAUGAAA